AUGAUUCAUCAACGCCGUGCAUUAUAUGGUCGCAACGAAAUACUUAUUAAAAUCACUCCAAUAUGGAAUAUGCUCGUGAGCGAGUGCCUAAAUCCGUUCUACUGUUUCCAAGCGUUCAGCUGCGCCUUGUGGUUUUCGGAUGACUAUUGGAUGUAUGCUAGUUGCAUUCUCUUGAUUUCUUCGAUUUCACUUAUUGUGCAAGUCUAUGAAAUGCGUAGGAACCAACGUGCACUCAAAGACACAAUCUGUGGCUCAACUGUUGUUUCGGUCUGUCGGGAGGAAAACGGUUUUCCCGAAUUUCUGGAAGUGGACUCAACAGAUCUGGUCCCUGGUGACAUUCUGGAUAUCCCACGAAAUGGUUGCGUGAUGCACUGCGACGCGUUACUGUUAUCCGGAAAUUGUAUAGUGAACGAGAGUACUCUUACAGGUGAGAGUGUUCCAGUAACCAAAACUCCGGUACCUCAACAAUCGAAUACAGAAGAAGUGAUUAACAUUCAUUCCAUGGCUCGGCACGUGCUUUUUAGUGGCACCUCGAUUAUUCAGACCAGAAAUUACGCGGACGAACGAGUGCUCGCGGUUGUCGCGCGUACCGGAUUUCGUACGGCCAAAGGCGAGCUAGUUCGGUCAAUUCUAUUCCCCAAACCGCUUGAGUUCAAAUUCACUCAGGAUGCUUACAAGUUUGUCGCGGCUCUCGCUGUUCUGGCAGUGGUGGGAUUCGGUGUGUCGGUCUAUCUGAUGGUACGUUCUGAAAUGUGUUACCCUUUCUCCUUUAUUGUCCCCACACCGUUAAGUAAUUUUCGGGGAGGGGAGGGACACUAA